AUGAAACUUUGUGAGAAGCUGUGCUUUGUUGGGGCAAUGUCUGUUAUUCUUACUACAAUGUGUUUCGCUAUUAUCAGACCGGCACUUGUGUUAUACAGUUUCUCUUCUCUUUUCAUCCUUUUAUACCUCCUGAGAGUUUACAACUACUGGAAAAAUAAAUACUUAUUGUUCAUGUUGGACCCAUGCUACUUUAUCAACUUUGCGUCAUUGGUCUUCAUCUGGUUAUUGCCGCACUCGCACGCCAUGCAGUUGUUCCACUUUGGUCUUGCCAAUUCUUUAGCUUUCGGUGGGGCGUUUCUGUUCCGUAACACCCUUGCUCUGCACGACAUCCAAAGACUUACUUCGUGUUUUAUACACGUCUUGCCUGCCCUUUUCUCAUUCUUAAUUCGGUGGCAUCCUUCGGAAACAUCAGUUUGGUGGUAUACCAACUUAUAUGAUUCCCAUGCUUCUCUAGAAUUGUUGUCCUGGAAUAAAAAUAUUGACUGGCUCUGGCUUGUUGCAGCUCCUGCUUUAUUCCAUUUCGUACGUGAGAUGCUAUAUUAUACUAUAAUUUAUGGAAUUGUAAAACCUAGUGAUGAAUAUUUAGAUAGUUUCCGAUAUUUACAUAAAAAGAAAAUCCUAUGGCGUUUCUUCUGGAAAUAUAUUGGUGAACGAUGGCAUUUGAUUAGUUGGAUAGCUUGCAGUAUCAUACUGUCUACAAUUCUCUUGUUAGUUGCUGUCGUUGCAUGGUGCAAUUAUCUAUUCCAUGCAUCUAUGUUAAUUAUUCAAACAUUAACGCUAAUAUGGAAUGGUGCAUGUUUUUAUUUAGAUUAUUUCCCCAUUGAAUAUACACGUAAUUUACGAAUAGAACCAGAGCAAGGUAUGAUUACUGUAACUAAAAAUGAAAAUCACAUUGAUAAGAAUAAUGAUGGAGAAAUAGCUGAUGAACGUAUAAUAAACGAUGAUGUUUAUAACAAUAUAGCUGCCAGUGUAUUUUCAUGUUAUCCGACACCAGAUGAAUCAAACUCGAGAAUUUACGAAGAUGGGCAUGUAACAGUUGAUGAACAAAAGGGAUUGAAAUAUGAAAGUAAUACUUCUCAAUAAAGGAUAACCAUGAUUUCUGUAUGAUAUAUAUAUUCACAUGAUUAUUAGUCAUAAAAGUUUAUUCAAAUCAUUUGUUACACAAUCAAACUGCAAAGCUAAUUCAGUUUCUUAUUACAUUACUGUUUCACCGGUC